CACACACAACCAGGAAGUUCAUUUCAACAGAAACGAAACUCAGAGUGUGGCUCAAUCUCUCUCUCUUUCUCAACGUGUGAGUUCAGGAAAAUGGCUGAGGCCAGUAUUUCAGUAGAUCAGCUUUCGGUGGAUCAGUUCAUCUGUCCAGUGUGUCUGGAUCUCCUGAAGGAUCCGGUGACUAUCCCCUGUGGUCACAGUUUCUGUAAGGUGUGUAUUAAUGGCUGCUGGGAUCAGGAGGAUCAGAGUGGAGUUUAUAGCUGUCCUCAGUGCAGAGACACUUUCACUCCAAGGCCUGUUCUACGCAGAAACAACAUGCUGGCUGAAGUGGUGGAGAAACUGAAGAAGAAGACUGAAGUCCAAGCUGCUUCUCCUGCUCACUGUUACGCUGGACCUGGAGAUGUGGAGUGUGAUUUCUGCACCGGGAGAAAACACAAAGCCGUCAAGUCCUGUCUGAUGUGUCUGGCCUCCUUUUGUGAAACUCAUCUGAAAACUCAUCUUGAAAUUCCUGCUUUGAAAUGGCACAAGUUAGUCAAAACUUCUGGAAAUCUACAAGAGAAGAUCUGCUCUGAACAUGAUAAAGUGCUGGAGAUCUACUGUCGUACUGACCAAAGCUUCAUCUGUUAUCUGUGUACGAUGGAUAAACACACAGGACACAAUACUGUGGCAGCUAAAGCAGAGAGAACUGAGAAAGAGAGUGAGUUAAAGGAGGAUCAGAUGAAAUUCCAGCAGAGAAUCCAGGAGAAGCAGAAGAAGGUGCAGGAGCUGAAACAGACUGUGAACACUAUAAAGCUCAGUGCACAGACAGCAGUAGAUGACAGUGAGAUGAUCUUUACUGAGAUGAUCAGCUCCAUGGAGAAAAAGCGCUCGGAGGUGACGGAGCUGAUCAGAGCUCAGGAGAAGGCUGAACUGAGUCGAGCUGAACGACUCCUGGAGCAACUGGAGCAGGAGAUUGCUGAUCUUCAGAAGAGAGACACUGAGCUGGAGCAGCUUUCACACACACAUGAUCACAUCCACUUCCUCCAGAGUUUCCAGUCUCUCCGUGUCUCUUCUGGACGUGACGACUCAUCCAGCAUCACUGUCCAUCAACAUCUCUCAUUUGAUGGAGUGAGGAAAUCUCUCUCUGAUCUGAAAAAGAGACUGGAGGAAAUCUUCCAGGAGGAAUUCAUCAAAAUCCCUGAACAUGCUGCAGCAGUUCAGAUGAUUUUACCCUCAGAACCAAAGAGCAGAGAAGAUUUUCUGCACUAUUUCUGUGAUCUGACUCUGGAUCCCAACACAGUACAUUAUAACCUCAUUCUGUCUGAGAAGAACAGAGUGGUGAAGAACAGUGAGAGAAAGCAGCAGUACUCUGAUCAUCCAGAGAGAUUUGACCCCUGGGAACAGGUGUUGUGUAAGGAGAGUGUGUGUGGACGCUGUUACUGGGAGGUGGAGUGGAGCAGUGAGGGAUUUGUGUUAAUAUCAGUCUCAUAUAAAGACAUCAGCAGGAAAGGACGGUGUAAAGAGUGUGUGUUUGGAGGCAACAAUCAGUCCUGGAGUCUGCAAUUUUCUUCUUCUUCUCUCAUUUUCUGGCACAACAACAUUAAUACUGAUCUCAGUGGUCCAUCAUCCUCCAGAAUAGGAGUUUAUGUGGAUCACAGUGCAGGAACUCUGUCCUUCUACAGCGUCUCUGACACCAUGAAGCUCCUCCACAGAGUCCACACCACAUUCACUCAGCCUCUAUACGCUGGGUUCUUGCUGACUGGUUAUGGAUCAUCUGUGAGAUUAUGUGAUCCAGAAUAAAGCAUUAGCAAUGUGAUUUUUAAAUUAAAAUAAAACAUUAGUUUUUCACAAUAAGCUUAAUUCAAAUAAAGAUAUAACAUGAGUAACUCAGUUUAGAUUUCCUAAUUUUCAUUAAUAAUGUUUGAUCUUCAUCCUUUUGACUUUUAGGAGAUUUUAAUGUUAUAAAUGUGACCUUCAUAAAAUAGAUAAAAGAACAUUAUUAUUUUAAAGAUAGAAAUUCUAGUAA